CUGAGGGGUUUCGAGAGCAUCGAUUUAGUCGACCGAUGGUCGUCGGCUCAAAAGAAAAGAGGUAUUCUUAUUUACAAGUUACGGAUAAACCGUGUGAAAGUCCCUCGCCUCUUGGGCGGCGCUGCGACGAAAGGGUGGAAAGAGCAUCGGUGGAAGGUCCUCGACUACUACUACGCAAAAGAUGGAUUCGAUCGUCCGGACGUCUUCUUUCUAUCCGUCAUCCCCUGCAGAAGUAGGAAACAAUCCGCUAUACUAUAUGGAGAUCUGCCUAUGACGGGCCUAGUCCGCAAGAGGCCGUAUGUCAAGACUUCCAUCAUCGGAUCGGAAGAUCAUUCGCUUGGGCUGAUUCCGGAACUGGAUAACCUGGUUUAUUGGAUCGGUAAUUCUCCAGAUCCGAAUGUGGUGCGGAAAUUCCUUCCGAAUUAG